AUGCACCUCUACCUUCGUGGGGAAAUGCAGGAAAUUGCCCAGCGGCGUAAAAAUCAUGUCUCUGUCCAGCAGCGUAUCAAGUUCGCCAUUUACAAGGCGAAUCAUCUCGAGAAGCUGAUCCAGGACAUCAAUGACCAUAUUGACGGGCUAUACAAGAUCUGCACCCCGCCUGCGAAGGACCAAGAUAGCCUUGGCAGGGCUGAGUUAGUGGAACUCCUCAAAGUUAUGGAAGAAUUGAAAAAAUACUUAAGAGCGCGACCCACUCAUCUAUACUGCGGUUCAAACUCCCUUGGAGCAGAAGGUGAGUGGAACAAUCAUUGA